AUGGGUGUCAGAGAAUCAGACAAAUUCGCUACAAAAGCUAUUCACGCAGGUGCACACGUAGAUGUCCACGGUUCAGUCAUUGAACCAAUCUCUUUGUCCACCACUUUCAGACAAAGCGCUCCAGCUCAACCAAUCGGUACUUAUGAAUACUCUAGAUCUCAAAAUCCAAACAGAGAAAACUUAGAAGUCGCUAUUGCUUCUUUAGAAAACGGUAAAUACGGUCUAGCAUUCUCUUCUGGUUCUGCCACCACCGCCGUCAUCUUACAAUCUCUACCACAAGGUUCCCAUGCCAUCUCCAUCGGUGACGUCUAUGGUGGUACUCACAGAUAUUUCACUAAAGUUGCUAACGCUCACGGUGUUGAAACUUCCUUCACCAACGAUCUACUAAACGAUUUACCAAAAUUAGUUAAAGAAAACACCAAGUUAGUCUGGAUUGAAUCCCCAACUAACCCAACUUUAAAAAUCACUGACAUUGAAGCCGUCUCUCAAAAGGUUAAAUCAUUAAACAAAGAUAUCUUACUCGUGGUAGACAACACUUUCCUAUCCCCAUACUUAUCAAACCCAUUGAACUUCGGUGCUGAUAUCGUCGUCCACUCCGCCACUAAGUACAUCAACGGUCACUCAGAUGUUGUCCUCGGUGUCCUUGCUACCAACAACAAGGACAUUUACGAAAGAUUACAAUUCUUACAAAACGCCAUCGGUGCCAUCCCAUCCCCAUUUGAUGCUUGGUUAACUCACAGAGGUCUAAGAACCCUUCACUUAAGAGUCAGACAAGCCUCCUUAAGUGCCCAAAAGAUCGCUGAAUUCUUACAAAACAACGAAAACGUCGAAGCAGUCAACUACCCAGGUUUACCAACACACAAGGACUACGAUGUCGUCAAGAAACAGCACCGUGAAGCCCUUGGUGGUGGUAUGAUCUCCUUCAGAAUCAAAGGUGGUGCCGAAGCUGCUGCUAAAUUCUCUUCAUCUACUAGACUGUUCGCUUUAGCUGAAUCUCUAGGUGGUGUAGAAUCUUUACUAGAAGUCCCAGCCGUCAUGACCCACGGUGGUAUUCCAAAGGAAGCCAGAGAAGCCUCUGGUGUCUACGACAACUUGGUCAGAUUAUCUGUUGGUAUUGAAGAUGGAGAUGACUUACUCGAGGAUGUCAAACAAGCCUUGGAAAAAUCCGCUGCCAAAUAA